AUGUCGUUCGAAAACAAAAUACUAAGAAUUAUCUGCGGCCCAGUAUAUGACAACGACCUGGGGUGCUGGCGCAGAAGAACGAACAAAGAGACUCGAGAUUUGACAGGAGUACCAAGAAUAACCAACUUUGUAAAAACACAAAGAAUAAAAUGGUUUGGGCACGUGAUGAGAAGGUCAAACUCAGAUUACCUUAAGGCGGCAGUCGAAUGGAAACCCACAGGGAAGAGACCGAGAGGACGUCCAAAGAAGCGAUGGAUAGAUGGUAUACAACAGGACUUAGAGAAAUUAGAGNUUGUAAAAACACAAAGAAUAAAAUGGUUUGGGCACGUGAUGAGAAGGUCAAACUCAGAUUACCUUAAGGCGGCGGUCGAAUGGAAACCCACAGGGAAGAGACAGAGAGGACGUCCAAAGAAGCGAUGGAUAGAUGGUAUAAAGCAGGACUUAGAGAAAUUAAGGAUAUCAAAUUGGGAAGACAAGGUACAAAAUCAAGAAGUGUGGAGGGAGGUGUCGGUGGCGGCAAAAACUCUUGAAGAGUUGUGA